UUCAAUCAAGCAAUCUAUAAUCAAAUUUUUCCAAAAAUCCCACCCAAAAUAUAUGAUGAGCAUCUAGCUUAUACCGGGAAUAAUCAAGACUUUUAUUUUUCUUCAACUGAAUAUAAAUUAACAGAAAGUGAAUUGAGAAAAAUUAAGCAGCAUUUUUCCACUACAUCAGAUGUAUCUGGCAUACAACUUAGAUCUUUUAGCCAAACAGGAACAAAAUAUGGACAAUUCCGAACUAAAGAUAGUCAUUAUAUUGGGUCAAAGUGGAUUUGUCAGAAUAAAAAUUAG